AAAUGAAUAAGGGUAAGGAUAAGGUAAAGGAAAAUGAAAAGGAGAAGGUUGAAUUUCAAGUGUACAAUACAAUGACUAGGCAAAAGGAAGUCUUCAAACCAAAGGAAAAUGGAAAGGUCAAAAUGUAUGUGUGUGGUGUUACCAGUUACGAUUUCAGUCACAUCGGUCAUGCCCGUGCCUACGUCGCUUUCGACAUUCUCUACAGAUAUCUGAAAUACUUGGGAUAUGAUGUUGUGUAUGUGCGCAACUUCACUGAUGUAGACGACAAGAUAAUUAAGCGGGCUAAUGAGCUUGGAGAAGACCCAAAAGCUUUGAGUGGUCGAUACUGCCAAGAGUUUCUAAAAGACAUGGAUGAUCUCCAUUGCCUCCAACCGACGCAUCAGCCACGUGUUACUGAUCAUAUGGAGCAGAUUAAAGAUAUGAUAGCUAAGAUAAUGGCUAAUGGCUGUGCAUACACAAUCGAUGGAGAUGUUUAUUUCUCUGUUGAUAGUUUUCCAGAGUAUGGUCGAUUAUCUGGACGAAAAUUAGAAGAUAAUCGAGCUGGAGAACGAGUUGGAGUUGAUUCAAGAAAGCGAAAUCCUGCUGACUUUGCCUUGUGGAAGGCUGCAAAGCCUGGUGAACCAAGUUGGGAGAGCCCCUGGGGUCCUGGGAGACCAGGUUGGCAUAUAGAAUGCAGUGCAAUGAGUGCGUACUAUCUGACACAUUCCUUUGAUAUACAUGGUGGUGGAAUGGACUUGACUUUUCCUCACCAUGAAAAUGAGAUCGCCCAGAGUUGCGCUGCUUGCCGGGAGAGUAAUAUUAGUUACUGGAUGCAUAAUGGUUUUGUGAACAUAGAUGACGAGAAAAUGUCGAAAUCAUUGGGGAACUUCUUCACUAUACGUGAGGUUACUCGAUUGUACCAUCCCCUUGCAUUGAGGUACUUCUUGUUGGGAAAUCACUACCGAUCUCCGGUUAAUUACUCAAUAUCACAGAUAGAAAUUGCUUCAGAAUCUGUGUUCUACAUUUAUCAGACCUUACAUGAUAGUGAAGAAGCCCUCUCAGUUUUCCAACAAGGAGCUGAAACUGCAACAAAUGUAAAGGGGCGUGUUAGCCCUCAGGCCAAAGAAGGCAUCACGAAGCUGCGUAGUGAGUUGGAGACAAAACUCUCUGAUGACUUGCAUACACCCACAAUUUUAAAUGCUGCUCUUCAAGAAGCGCUUCGACUCAUGAAUAGUUAUUUGAACAUGCUGAAGAAAAAGCAGCAAAGGCAACAACAUUUAACUGCCUUUUUGUCCCUAACCGAGCUCCUGAAAGAGGUGAAAGCAAUAUUGGAUGUCCUUGGCUUGCUCUCCAGUUUAACAUGUGCUGAGGUUUUGCAGCAGUUUAAAGAGAGGGCAUUGAAAAGGGCUGAGUUGACAGAGGAAGAUGUUUUGCAUGCAAUAGAGGAAAGAACACUAGCAAGGAAAAACAAGGAGUUCGGUAGAAGUGAUCAGAUCAGAACUGAUUUGGUGGCAAAGGGUAUCGCUUUAAUGGAUAUAGGGACAGAAACAGUGUGGAGGCCUUGUGUAAGACCCGAACAAGAACAGCCUGCCGCACCAGCUCAAUCAAAUCAGUCUGCUGCAGCAGUGCAUGAACAGCCUGUUGCUCCAUUUCAACAAAUGCAGUCUGCUGCAGCACCGCAAACAGAACAGCCUGCGGUGCCACCUCAGUAGCUCUUCUCUGAUGACUCGAGUGGAAAUUCUUUUCCGGAGUAAUUUUCGUACUUAUUUGAGAUCUUUAACUUGUGAACUAGAGAGGUUAUAGAUGAGACAUACUUGAUACUGUUUAUAGCAUUGGGCAUGUAGCUAAGAUGAGCUAAAGAAUUACUUCCCUGGUUCAUUCUCUUUACAAGAAGGGAGGAUGGCCUGAGCUCAGUGCUCCCUUUCUGUUACAUUUGACGGCCCUGCAGCCAGCUCCAGGAGCUGAUAUUUUUGCCUAGGGUUAAGCGGUCCAAUUGACAUGUAAACUUUGUCAUUGUUGUACUGUUGUACUGAUAAAACUAUGAAUAUGGCAGAUAGCACCACCAGUAUUUGGAGAUAUUUCCAAAUAUCUUAGAUCUAUUUCACUAUAGUGAUUGAAUAAAGCUGGUGCCAAUAUGUGUUUUUAUUUUA